AUGGGAGAUGAUGUGGCUGCUCCAGUGAUGCUCUCCCCCUCUCCUACUUUUGUCCCUCUGUCGAUCGUCGGGGAGGAGCCAGUGUCGUCUAUCGCGACUGCCACCGGCGUGCACCACAUGCUCGACGAAAUGUCCCAAAGGGUGGCGCCGGGAACGGGGAUCGGUGGUGCUGCUGUCGGUGUUGCGGUACAAGGAAGGAUGCGGGACAGGACGGCCAUCCGUGUGAGGCAGUCGGCGACGAGGGUUUGUGGCAUCAGGAGGAGCGCCUGCGACACCUCCAGAUUCAAGGUGUUGGCCCGCAACACCUUCAGAUAUUUUAAUCUAUGUGCGAGCGAGCGAGAGGCACACGCGCACAACCGCAUCUUGCUCGGCCGCCGCCGCCGCUCCCCGCCUCCGCCCAGUCGCUCCCAGCUCGCGCUCGGCCACCGCCGCUGGGCUCUCGCGCAUGGAGGCCGCCGCUGGAUAUCCUUCGGUCGCGGCCAUCGACCGUCGCGCCUCCCCUGCCGAGGCGCCGUCGAGCUGACCUGGACCAGACGGCCGCCGCCGCUCCAGUCUCCGGAGGAUCUGCUCCCGCCUCCCGACGCUCUCCUCUCCUCCGGUCCUUCCCGCUCCACCGCUCCCUGGCCCGGUCGUGGUCUCGUGGAACUGAAGAUGAAGAGGAAUGGUGACAUUAAGUCUUUUUUCCGGAAUUAUGAGGCAAAAACAAGAAAGGUUGCAGCCGAAGAGCAACCUGAACCUGAUAUUGAUCCACCUCCAGUCCAUUCGGAUGCAGAGAUUGGCAUUGAUAUUGAUCCACCUCCAGUCUAUUCCGAUGCAGAUAUUGACAUUGAUAUUGAUGAUGAAGCGCCACGGCGACCAUCACCCCAACAUCCACAUGCAAGGUCCUAUAAUAUUCAAAGGCUUCCACUUGAUCCAGGGGAAAGGAUUCCUAUUUCAGAUUAUGAUGUUAAUGGUCAAGACGAAGUUCGGAGACGGUACAUUGCAAAGAAUGCAGUCCAACCAUAUGCACACAACUUUGAAGUCAAGAAAAUGUAUGGUAAAAAUCGACACUUCAACUUUGUUUGGUUUGAGAACUACAAAUGGCUAGAAUAUAGUGUCAAAUAUGAGGCUACAUUUUGCUUUGUGUGUUAUUUGUUCAAAGGCAAAUCGAAUGGGGGGCCUAAGGGUGAUGCCUUUGUUAAAGGUGGUUGGAAAAAUUGGUAUAAGCCUGAUGCAUUAGACAAACAUGAGGGUGGUAUUAACAGUAUUCACAACAAAGCUCAAGAGAUCAUCAUUUGACUCCUAGUCAAAUGCGUGGGCAAGGAUAUGAUGGGGCAAGCAACAUGAAAGGGGAGAUUAAUGGGUUGAAAACAUUGAUCAUGAAUGAGUCACCCUCUGCCUAUUACAUCCAUUGUUUGGACAUCAACUUCAGUUGGUUCUUAUAGCCGUGGCUAAGGAAAAUGAACCAUGUUUGUGGUUCUUUGAUCAUGUUUCUUACUUGCUCAAUAUUGUUGGAGUUUCUUGUAAGCGCCAUGACAUGCUUCGAGAUGUUAGAGCUCAAAAGGUUUUGGAAGCACUUGAAAUGGGUGAGAUUGAAAGUGGAAGUGGGCUAAAUCAAGAGAUGGGACUAGCUAGACCCGGCGAUACUCGUUGGGGUUCUCAUUUUAAAACCAUUAUGCACAUUGUUAGCAUGUAUUCCACAAUCCUUGAAGUACUUGAUGCUAUUGGAAAAGAUCCUUCACAAAAACAUGACUGGACAAGAAUACGUGGAGUUGCUCAAGCCAUUGAAUCAUUUGACUUUGUUUUCAAUCUUCACUUGAUGCUUGUUAUUCUUGGCUAUACAAAUGAGUUGUCCAAAUCUUUGCAAAAGAGAGAUCAAGAUAUUGUUAAUGCAAUGACACUUGUUAG